GUUGGUGUGUCAGCGGAGCACAGCAGGUGACGGAACUGGAGCGUAGGCUUGAAACAUCGCGGCUUGAAACAUCUGCAUUUGAAGCCCACAGGACUUGCUGACAAUCGCCUGCAAUGUGCUUUUCUCAAGACUUUUAAAGCCACGUUAAAUUAAAGCACUUUUUCAUGAGUUCUGCGAGAGUUCUUCAUAUCCUCAGUUCCCCAAUGCCCGGUCCAGUUAUGCCCAUGGACGUUGCUGUGCAGCUCUUCAUCACCCAUUCUCCACCCCUGCGCAGCUUCCUGAGCUCCUAUGAAGACUUCAGGUCACGUAACCUGGUCAACAGCUGCUACAAACCCCUGAGACCCUGCCUGAGCUCCAAAGCCCACCUGGAGCCCCCCUUACUGGGCUGGCAAACAUCAAAAUCCAAGGCCAAGAAAAAGGUUGUGUUUGCAGACUCCAAGGGCAUGUCGCUAACAGCGGUGCAUGUCUUCUCCACCUUUGACAACAGAGAACCCCCUAAACCCCACCUGCAGUUUGACCUGGAAGAUCUGGAGGACGUCACAGCAACUCUUUGUAUAAACUCGGUCCAGAGCCAAAUUCUCGAUUUUCCACAGCCGGCUGCAGACUAUCUGGACUUCCGCAGCAGGCUGUUGAAAAACUUGGUUUGCUUGGAGAACUGUACCCUGCAGGAACGGGCCCUCACUGGCACGAUUAAAGUACGUAACGUGGCGUACGAAAAGUCUGUGUUGGUGCGGAUCACAUUCGACAUGUGGAAGAGCUACCAGGACGUGGAAUGCACCUUUAUGAAUAAUGUCUAUGGUUGCCAGGAUACAGACACAUUCUCUUUUGCCAUUGAAUUGCCUAGCUAUGUGCCCCCUCAGAAUAGGGUAGAAUUUUGCAUUAGCUAUGGAACUGGAGUCCAGACAUACUGGGAUAACAAUGACGGCAGAAAUUACGGACUGGUUUCAACAUCUUUGCAACAAAACAAAAAAUGGAAUUCAUCAACGCAAUCGAAGAAAUCGGAAUCUUGGAAGAUAGGCAGGAAAACAGACAAAGGGGUUAACAAAUUUGUUAGUCCCCUUCACCCCAAAAACAUUAUUCAGAAAUGGCAGUGUUGGGAGGACUUUGACACUAGUAACCCCUACUGGUAAUUUAUGCUGUCAUAAAUAACCGAAAGACAGAUUAUCCCAAAUGUUUUUCACUGUUUUAUCAACUUUAUCAGUAUUAAAGUAUAACAGCAAAAGCAGAUGACCUAUUUCUUUAAAGCUCUUAUAAUAAUUGAUUUGCUGUCUUACAUAAAUUUACAUCAAGAGAUGUUUGUAAGUAAAAAGUGAACAGAAGUGUGUUUGAAGAGACAUCAAAUGUAACCCUUGUUUUUUUCAAAUGAAAUACAUUAUUUGCAAUGCAAUAUAAAUAUGUUUUAUUUUUUUGCUAAUGUAAAACUUGAUGAUCCAAUCAAUACUGUAAACCAGACCACUAGGGAGUAAAUAAAUAGCACACCUUUUGAUUGGUUCAUUGAAUAAAAUGUGCCUUGGUCUUAAAUGCCCUUGUGUGCCACAUAUGCAGACUGUGCACUAUUAAGAAAAAUAGAGAUAUAAGUGAAAAGUCUAAUAUUUCACUAUAGAAGAGAGGAACAGUUAAGGUCUUUGCACAUACAGUCCGAAAUUUUCGUAUGCGUUUUUCGUAUUUGGCUCGUAUUUGAAUUGUUAUAAAAGGCCACUCAAAAUGCUUGACUGAUGCGAAAAAUGCAUAAAAUCGAACCCGGUCCGAAUUUUUUUAUGACGGACGAAAAUAUCGGAGGCAGUGUGUAAAUGUGAUUGACAUAACGUGAGGUUGUAUUUAUUUUUUAACGUGCGGAAAUUUCGGACGCAACUUUCGGACUCAAUGUGCAAUGGGCUUCAGUGUGCAACCAGGAAGAUUGUCCUUCAUAUCGAAGGGGUAAACUUUACUUGGUUACGAAUUGUAGAAGGGAAAAAAAUUAAAAUAAAUAAAAUGCAUAUUUAUUGUAUUUAAUAUUUUCUCCAUGAAAAUGUACGUAAAUCAAUUUAGAUCCGUUUUUGUUUAUCAGAUUAUCAAUGCAUCUGUGCUUCAAUGUGCCUUUUUUGUUUAUGUUUGGUGUGGGAUAUGGAAAUGUAAAUUCUGGAAUGAAAAGGAUACUGUGCCUUUGGAUUCUGUUGCAAAUGAAUAUGUGAAGUGAAAGUGACCUAUUUGUCAGGUAUGGUGACCCAUACCCGAAACGUGACCUCUGCAUUUAACCCAUCCAGAGAGUAGUGAACACACGUACACCCGGAGUAGUGGGCAGCUAUCACUGCAGCGCCCGGGGAGCAAUUAGGGGUAAGGUGCCUUGCUCCGUUACCCACCGGCCCUGAGAAUCGAAUCGUGUGUAAAAUGUGAUGUGUAAAAUGUUUAAUUGUUUUAAGUGCAAUUCAGAAUGGUUUGUGAUGUCUAUAUUCAGUUGUAAAGAUAAGAAUGAGUGUAUUUUAUUAAGGAAUGAAAGUCUGGCUACAUGUGGUGUGGUUUUUGUAAAAUAAAUAAAUCACAUUGUCAAA